UUUUAGAAAUGAGAGUAGGAAUACACUGACCCUAAAAUGAGUGCUCCAUCUCCUGGAUCAAGCUGCAAUCAACCCAUGAAGAAUCUGGCCUCUGUCUUCUGUGAUGAAAUAGUGGCCUAUGACCUCAGUAUCGGCAGUAGUGAGAGGCAGAGAUCAGAGUCUCCAGAACCCAGCUGUGUGUCUGUGAAAAGUAACGCAUCCAUGAUGGAACCCCUUAAAUUCAGUGAUGGUCCAGGGACCUCUAACCCUCCGGGAGAGAUAUAUGAUCUGAACAAAUCUUUACCAUACUCUGCAUCCCACUAUCAGCACCAUAUCAGAAUGAAUACAAGUGUUUCUUACCUUCUGACCCACAAAAAAACAAUUCAUAAAACACACGGUCUGUUGGAAGAGACUGAAGCCCUGAUACAGGAUUCUCACCAAUCAGUAGAUGAUGUCCUUCAGAGAUUCAAAGACCAGCACAAAACCAGCAUGAAAAACAAGUAUGAGAGAUUAUCUGAGGGAAACAAACAGGAGAAUGUAACCCUCCUGAACAGGAUCUAUACGCAGCUCUACAUCAUAGAGGGAGAGAGUGAAGGAGUGAAUGAAGAACAUGAGGUUUUACAGAUGGAGAAAACAGCCAGAACACAACACUCACAAGACACUUCAAUCUACUGCAGUGACAUCUUUAAAGCUUCACCUGAGCCAGGAUGUGAGGAGAAAGACCAGAUCAAGACUGUUCUUACUAAAGGCAUCGCUGGAAUCGGAAAAACCGUCUCUGUGCAGAAGUCCAUUCUGGUCUGGCAUCACUAA